UCCGCCCCGUAGCCGGCAGUAGGUUGGCAUUCAGCGGGUGGAGGUGGAGUGAGAGCCGCUGACAGAGGGACAUGGGGCAACAUUCAACCCGGACCUACCGCAGCCAUUGAUCUGUCACCUCGAGCUCAUCCCGUCCUUACACCAUGGCGUCCCUUCUACUAAGAGGAGGCCUACCCCGAGGUCCUAUCAUCCGGGGGGACUGCCUGAGGGGCCUUUUUGCUGAACGUCUGUGUCUUGGUUGCACUUCUCUACGGUUGGUGAAUAACAGGAGUUCUCAUAUCCGAAGUUGCACUGCUGCCCACCCUGUUUACAUUUCCAUAAGAGACAGGAGUAAAGCACAUUCAUGGACUAACAGGCCUGAAAGAACAUAUUACAAAGUCCACAGUCCUUUGCCCGCAUGGAGGGGCCUGGCCGGAAGUGGCUCUUUAGUCCCCCAGUACCUGUCUGUCAGGAGUCUUCACUCUUCAAAACCACUUUUCGAUGACUCUGUGGUAGAGAAAUCCUUGAAAUCUUUGAAGGAUAAAAACAAAAAGCUGGAAGAGGGUGGCCCAGUCUAUAGUCCAACCACAGAAGUGGAGACUGUAAAGAAGUCUAUAGGACAGAAGGUCAUGGAUGAGUUAAAGCACUACUAUCAUGGCUUCCGCCUUCUGUGGAUCGACACCAAAAUUGCCGCAAGAAUGAUUUGGCAGAUUCUCAAUGGUGCUAUCUUGUCUCGAAGGGAAAGGAGGCAGUUCCUGAGGAUAUGCGCUGACCUCUUCCGACUGGUCCCCUUCCUUGUAUUCGUCAUUGUCCCCUUCAUGGAGUUUCUUCUGCCAGUUGCAGUGAAGUUGUUUCCAAAUAUGCUGCCUUCCACAUUUGAGACCAUUUCUAAGAAGGACGAAAGAUUGAAGAAAGAGCUGAGAGUGAAGUUGGAAGUGGCCAAGUUCUUGCAGGAUACCAUUGAGGAGAUGGCACUGAGGAACAAAGCUGCCAAAGGCGACGUGGCCAUAGAGUUUUCCUCCUUUUUCCAGAAGAUCCGUAGCACUGGAGAAAGGCCAAGCAAUGAAGAGAUCCUGCGAUUCUCCAAGCUUUUCGAGGAUGAACUGACUCUGGAUAACCUGACUAGGCCACAGCUCGUAGCUCUGUGUAAACUCCUAGAACUCCAGUCUAUUGGGACAAAUAACUUCCUGCGAUUCCAGCUCACCAUGAAGCUGAGAUCCAUUAAAGCCGAUGACAAGCUGAUUGCGGAGGAAGGAGUGGACACGCUGAAUGUAAAAGAGCUACAGGCGGCAUGUCGUGCCAGAGGAAUGAGAGCGCUCGGCGUCACAGAAGAACGGUUAAGAGACCAGCUGAAGCAGUGGUUGGAUCUGCAUUUGAAUCAGGAAAUCCCCACAUCAUUACUGCUAUUGUCCCGAGCUUUGUAUCUCCCGGACACACUCUCACCAGCUGAUCAACUCAAAACAACUCUGCAGACUUUACCCGAAAGCAUGGCUAAAGAGGCCCAGGUGAAGGUGGCAGAAGUAGAAGGAGAAAAGGUGAAUAACAAGACCAAGCUGGAAGCCACUCUGCAGGAAGAGGAGGCGAUUAGGAAGGAGAAGGAGAUGGACAGGUUGGCUGAGGCAGCUCCUGAACUGGAACCUGCGAAGAUGACUUCAGCACCUGAAGAAGUGCAACCUACAAGUGCAGCUGACCGACCCGAAGUAUUGAUCGAUGCUGCUCCUGUGUUGUUCGAUGCUGCUCCUGUGUUGGAGGGCAUUAAGGGUGAAGAGCUAACUAAGGAGGAAAUUGACAUUCUGAGCGAUGCUUGCACUAAGCUGAAGGAGCAGAAGAAGUUACUAACAAAGGAGAAGGAAGAGCUUCUGGAGCUGAAGGAUGAUGUCCAGGAGUACAGUGAGGAUCUGGAAGAAAUGAAGAAGGAGCUCUCCAAGACCGGACAAGAGAAGGUGGUUGAAGAAUCGAAGGCCAGUAAGAGAUUAACCAAGAGGGUCAAUCGUAUGAUUAUUCAAAUGGAUAAGAUCAUGACUGAAAUGGAGAAUGAGGACCGGGUACUGGAUGAGCAUGCACCAAGUGGCUCUGCCCCACCUGUGGGGGAAAAUCUAGUCAGCAUUACUGAACUGGUUAACCUCAUGAGGCACAUUCAGAAGAUCCCUGAACAGAAGCUGCUGAGAAUUGCCGCAGCCCUGGAUGAAAACAAGGAUGGAAAGAUCGACCUGGAUGAUGUGGCAAAGGUUGUGGAACUGAUUGACAAGGAAGAUAUCAACAUUUCCACCAGCCAGGUAGCUGAGAUCAUGGAGCUCCUGCAGAAGGAGGAGAAGCUGAUGGAGAAGGAGAAAGCCAAAGAGAAGGCGGAGAAGGAGCAGAUGGCCGAAGUGCAGAAUUAAACAUCCCAGACACAUCAUCUCCACUGACAUAUAACAUUCACAAUGCUGCUGCCAUGUCCUGAGGUUCUUUUGCUUUUGAGGUGCCCAGCCGCAUAUUCACGAGCACUGUUUAUACGUUGGUGAAAUAAAGGCUUCCUUCAAGUCAUCUGCCAUCAUUCCAUCAGCAUCAGGCUAAGUUUUAUUUUUAAAGAUUUCUUGUCGUUUGAAUGAAAACCUGAAGAUGAAUUGUAAGAUCACAUAGAGCACAAUAUUAUUUUUGUACACCAAUCCCUCCAUUUUGGUUUAGUUUCUGAGUGUUGGCAGAACAAUUGUUUACUGCUAGUUCUGCAAACAGUUUAGAUUUUAAACCUUUUUUUGUUGUGUGUUUUUUUUUGUUUUUUUUUAAAGGGUUUUUCAGUCUAAAUGUAGAGUAGACUCCAUGCUUUAGGGCAGUACUUAGAGUAGAUAGCACUCCCCUUGUGUGCAGU